UUAGAAAACUCCAUUAUUUAUUUAUUUUGCUGGCUGGAAUGUAAAAAAAAAAAACAAAAAAAAAACAAGGCAACUGUGAAUUUUGGAUUACAUGGCUCGCGAUGGUUAUGGGAAUAUAUCUGCAUGCAAGACGGCCGAGAAGUAGUGAGACGAAAACAACGUCUCGCAUGAGUCAGCGGGGCAGCGUCCACUCUUGUCGGGACACUCCAAAUCAAGUAAAUUCAGUCAGCUAGCUAUGCUUCGCUAGUCUCUGUGCUAGCUUUAGCCUCCAUUACCCAAGGCGCAGUCAAAUUGCGGCGUUAUUGCCCUUUGUCUGUAAACUGAACUUGCAGACGUUGUUCACACGUCGGCCGCUCGUUGCAGUUUUACGCGAACUACGCUGGGAGUGUUUCUUGAUGUUUGUGUCAACGUUGUGUCCGUCAAAAAGCAGUCAUUAGCUAGCCAGCUAACUUGAUUCUCCCGCGAGCCAGCAAAGGGAAGACUUCAAAACUUCGCCAACACAGAGAGCCCGACGCCGAGUAAGGAUCAUCAUCCUCAUAUCAGCUCCUCCUUGGAUGUGAAUUGAAUAAACGUCUUGCAGCGUUCAUUCUUCGUGGCAGAGGCGCAGCCUGGUUGCUGGGGACACUUUGGACAUUGGGUCAGGUUAACUGGCAGUCUGUGUGCUUCUAACCCACCAGCAUGUUCAUCCGACAGUCAAUACCCUAGCCAAACCCGAGCCUGGCUUCACAAAGAUGACAAGCCGCUGGCAGGCCGCAGCUACAGAAUGAUGGGAGGAAGUGACACUGGCAGUGGGGACAAGGAUGAGGUGGUCUCCGCUGCCGUACAUGUCCCAAUCGGCUGGCAGAGGAGAGUGCAUGGCGGCCAGGUUGUGUAUGUCAGUCCCAGUGGAACUUCUCUGUCCUCCCUGGAUGAGGUGAAGACCUACCUGUUGACUGAUGGCACAUGUAAAUGUGGUCUGGAGUGCCCGCUUGUCAUCAGCAAGGUUUUCAACUUUACAUUGGGGGUAAAGGUAGAGCAGCACAAGCAGCCCCUAGGCAAAGCAGAGCAGGACAUGACCAAACUGUGUAACCAUCGCAGGAAAGUGGUGGCAAUGGCCGCUCUGUGUCGCAGUAUGCAGGCGUCACACCUGCCUUUUGGUCACCUUCAUAACCCGGAGGUGAGCAAGGGAGUGGGCAAUUGCAUCCCAAAGAGGGCUCUUGUUGAGCAUGAAGAAGAGGACCGAGGCAUUUACCAUCCCAAAUUUCGUCUGGCUCCUGCGCCACCUCAGAAUAACGCCCAUCCUAACCCCAGUGCCAGCCCCAGUUCCUCUCACAAGUUUAUUUAUCCUUAUAAUGGUUCCUCCCCAGGUCCUCACACAGGCGGAAACUCUCACCAUCCCCUUGAUGCUUUACGGAGGCUUCACCAUCCUCCUCUUUCUCAAACGGUGCCCUUUACCACUUCCAGCAGCCCCCCAUUCCCCACUUACCAUGUUGCCCAAAGGUCACCCCGCACUCCCACCCCUCAAAAUGUCAGUCAAGGUCAAAAACUGCCCCAAACUCCUGAAACUCCUGCCUCUCCUCUCCUAAGGCCCCUAUCUUCACCUCCUUGCUCUUCUCCUAAAAGCUUUGUCAUAGGAGGAAGAGUUUCACAGACUCAAGCGCAGCAUCCACAUGGGGUCAUAUGUGGAGGCUCUCCUCUCUCGCCCUCCCCCAUCCUCUCUCCCUCUGUCCAUAACAUGAAUUCUGUGUCUCCUCAGCAGCGGUCCCACUACCCUUCGGCUUCCCCCUCCCAUGUCUCUGAUCAGGGUGGAAGCUCCACUGCAGCGGCUGAAGGGCUGACAGCAAGUAAUUUGUCACGGAGGAGGAAGUCCUGCUCUUCCUCUCCACACUCCCCUCUCCCUUGUGGUUCGCCAAACCCCAGCCCCCACAUCUUCAAGUUUAAGCUGGAAGACAUCUUGGAACAGUUUAAGAACUCUGGCAACAGUAGCACUAAUAACCACCGCCUCGCAAACCCUACAAACCCCAGCACAUUGACUAACCAAAGCAGUCACAGUCCUCAUGCUCCCCCACUGAAACCCGCAAACAGUACAGCAAGUCUCGGCACAGCACCACCAGGUUUUGGCUUGAAUCCUGCGGGGAUUUCCAACACUAUCGUGGCACCAUUUUUGAACCACCACAGUCACCAGGGCCAGCUGCCGGCCUCAACUUCUUUUCCUGCAAGUAGUCUGCUCUCCGCGGCUGCAAAAGCUCAGCUGGCUAGCCAGGUAACCCAUGGUCAGGGCUCAAAUGUGUCCUGCAGCCAAACAAGUGUGUCCUCCUCCUUGGAAAUCAUGACAGAGGCACAGCAAAGACAGUCGACCAAGGUAACAAACAGCACUUUAAAAAACAGCCACCUUUCCUCCCCUAUUGCUGCCUCUAGGCCUCACUGUCCCACUCUAGCAGCAGCGUCUUCUGUCCUCUUUCCUUCACCCCACUCCCUAGCCCAGUCCCUGGCUUCUUCCUUGCCCCAAUUGCCUCCUAAAACAGAGCAAAAUGCAUCGCACAGGAAAAGGCGGCGGCGAUCUCCCACUGUUCUGAGCACGAUCAAAGACACCCAGCAGCUGGCCAAUGGGCCGCAGAAGCCCCAGCCUCGAGAAUGUGUCUCCGCUAUUGCUCUGAACCUAUCAUCUUUGGCUUUCCCUCGCUCUGUCUCUGCCUCUACCUCAGAUGUGCAGAACCCGAAUAGUGUCACGCCCGAGCACCACCAUCAUCUGCCACCGGGGCAGACGUCUAAGUUCUUGACUUCCAAACAGACGGCACAUCUUUCUGGAACUCCCCGACAGGCAGAAGCCCUGGAUAUCACUACAGGCUUGGCACCAACAUCCCUUAGCUUGGACCCUCCAACUCAGCCCCUUUCUGCUCUUUUGCACUUACUCAGUGUACAGAAUGCUCAGGCCGCAGCCUCGGCUUCGAACCCUGCUCCAGCUCAUUUGGGAUCUUUGUCCGUAGAAGGGGGUGGACACACUAAAACGCAGAGCCCCACACCAUCGCCCUCUCCUAUAUCCCCUCAUUCCAGCGGCAACCACGCGCAGCCUCCGUCACCAUGCCGAACCAGUAACACUAAUAUGAUAUCGUUGGUUCCAGAGAUGCUUUCUCCCACUCGCACCUCCACUCAUUUCAGUUCAGUGCAGUCACAAUCCCAGUCUCUGAGAUUAAGUCCUCCACAAAGACAUUCUUCGGCAUCCUCCAUGUUGUCACGCUCCAAUUUAGCUUUACACAACAGCAGCAGCCCAUCUCUGUCACACGUGGCCCCUACUCCACUUGACAGGCACCAUCCAACUGAGAAUCAUAUUCCAGCAACUGACACUGUUUCCCGGUUGCUUUCACCAGAAGCAUCGCCACAGAGCAUGAUCAGUAAUGAUACGUCAACAGCAGACCCGAGUCACCCACAAAGCGACGUAUCUGUGGCAUUAUCCACCUCGCCAAAGCCUCUUGAUCUCAGCAAUCAUGUUCUAGCCCUUCUUGCAGCAUCCUCCACUGCACGGCAGGAGGAACGCAGCUCAGCUGACCAUACAACAGAUAUAGUGAUGUCUUCCCAAGAAAAUCACUCUCCAGGUUCCGGUGACUCUGAACGUGGGGACUUGAAGAACUCCGCAUCAACAAAACCUCUGACACCCACCAGUUUGGAGGUCGUCGCCUCUUCUCAGCUUGGAGAGGACUGUCCUCAGACACCUUCAGCUAUGAACGACUCGACCGCCCCUUUACCUCUGGCAGAGGCCUUCCCUUUCAUGAACCAAGAUCAGCUUCUUCAGCUGCUGUCUUCCACGGGAGGCCUGCCAUCCAUCCUCGACCCUACGGUCCUGUCCUCAUUACACCUCGGAGGGCUGUGGUUGGGUGGGCAAAAUGCACAGACACCUUCCACUGCUGCAACACAAAAUCUUGUCGAUCAACAGCCAGUAAUGAUCCAAUCCGAGACACAGCAGCAAAGCCAGGAUCAGCAACAGAAGCAGCAACAGAUAAACAGUAAUCCUCUCUUUCCGUUGUUGCCUCUGUUGAGCGGUGUGCAAGGGGACAUCCCUCUUAAUCUGUUGGGCCUUCUAAACCCAAUCCCACCUCCAGCCUCAGCUUCUGCCACAGGACAGGAAUCUGAUUUGGGGCUAACAGAAAAACCAAGUCACCAAGCUCUGCUUAUGGCGUCCUUGCUGCUCGGGCAACACCAGGCGCCUUUGUUACCCUUAUCUGGACUGAGUCAGGUGGGUCAGGUCAGCUUGGAGGUUCCUCUUCAGCAGCCGCCACAGAUCCCCGCCUCUUUGGAGGGCCUCAUGUUGGAUAAGGCCGCUGCUCUCCUGGAUCCGUCAACUCUUCACGGGUCGGGGCUUCUGGAAGUCACCCAGGGUCUUCCCCUCCCGCCUGGAGCGGAGGGGUCUGUCCAAGCUCUGCAGUCCCUGCUCCUUCCUCCUCAGCCGGCUACCUUCCUGCCUUUUAGCCCCGCCCUCCUUACAGCUGCUCUAAACGCAGCUGACUUACCCCAUACCCAGUUAACUCCUGUUCAGCAUACCCAACCUCAGGAACUGUCAGAUGCUGGUGUGGACACCCUCAUCCCCCUUUCUCUCCAAGGCAAGGAAAACCCCAUUCUCCAGCAAUUACUUCCCACUUUACUUAACCCUGCUGUGUUAGGAGACAUUUCUGGCAUUGCCGGGCUCCAUAACAUGGUGGGUAUUGGAGCCGGUUCCUUACUCCUGCCCUCAGUCCAGACCUCAUCUUUGGGGAUGCCUCUCCUGCAAGGUCCUGAUGGGACCAUCAACCUGCUCAACAACAUUCAGCUGAAUCUUGCGCCAUCCUCUGAAGGAGAGAAGUCCGACUCGUUGCAGGAAACGGAGAGCCCCGCCCCUCACUGUGACAUUCCAGCCUCUCAGAUCUCUCCUGAACAGGUUGCUAGUCCGCCUCCAACACCUGCCCAAGAAACGAGCCGACCGCCACAUCGAGGGUCUGAUGGCAGGCCACUUAUCGACCCCUACACCUCUUUCAUGGAUACAAUUUACACCUCCUUCCUUCAAAUUAACGCUAAAGAGCAGGAAGAUGGGGUCCACUCUGGGCCAUCUGACCCUACAUCACCUUUCUGUGCCUUACCGCCUGUCACUUUCCCCAUGGAGCACCACACUCUCUCCACACCUACCCCAACUCAGCACCAGGCGAGUGCCCCAGUCUCCCUCAGCCCACGGCGGGCUUGCUCCCUGCGAAACCCAGACUUGUCACGCCUCAGCUUGGAAGCGGCAGCUCAUUCUCCAGCCCAGGGUACGCCCAAACCCACCGAGGAUGUGGCCACAUCGCCUUUACAAAGAAAAACAGUCAUGGUGGAGGGGCACACCCAUCCAGAACCCCCCUUACCUUCCAUAUACUUGGAGGAAGCGAAGACGGACUGUACUGGUGUGGAUAGACAGGCAGGAUAUCUGAGUCCUGGGGAUGGUUGCAGUGGGAGACCGCAUAAGGAUGCACCUGGGACAUUGUUGCACAGUGAACAGGGAAGGGAACAAUCAGGAACUGUGUCUGGAGUCCGUCGAGGGAGAAAAAGAAAACAGACGCUGCAAAAUGUGUUGGAGGACUUCAGAGACGUGGAUGCUACAACAGCACUCGAAGAAACAAAGGCUACUACGACGGCCCUGUUGAAGCCCGACACAUCAGUCCGAGGCAGGAGGAGACGAGGGGUGAGGUCUCAGAGGCAGUGAUUGUUGCAGGGAGCUGUCAGUCACAGCUGUUCCACCAAUCAGACUUCACUUCCUGACUCCACCCAUGCAUCCCAAUCCACCCACAUCACUUAUGAUUUUUUAUUUUUUUUAGCGUCAUUCUCAGUCAACUGCACUAAUCAUGCUGUUCAUGUCAACAAAUGCCAUGAAAACCAGUGGAAAAAUAAAGCAUCGGUCGAGCUCCAGACUGGGGGAAAAACAUUUUUUUAAAAGAAAAUUUUAAAAAUAAAUGUGGAUAUUUUCUCACUCUUAGGUCUAGUUAACACAAUAAUGGUUGUGUUGGUGUGAUCACAGCUCUCUUCACGAUGUUAGCGUCAUAUCUUUUUUUUUUACACAGACAAAGCAAGAGUACUGUUCUCAUGUAUCUGUUACUGUGAGUCGCAAUGAAGCCCGUCUACUUGAACCAUGCUCUCUGUGGAAAGUGUGUAUGUAGCUGUAUGUAUGUGUGUGUGCGUGUGUCUUUUUUAAUAUGUUGAUUGUGUAGGACAACAGAGCUAUUGCUGAGCCCCUCACUCGUGGUUUAGUUGGAAUUCUGGUCAUGUCAUGGAUGAGACCCUCUGUUUAAAGAAAGAAAGGACUCUUUUAAGGCACACUCCUAAUGUUUUCAGAUGGUGCUGGAAACGUAGAUGUAUGAUUUUUAUUUUUCUCUCAUAGUAUAAAGCCACCGUAUUUGGAUUUCUUUUACUUCCUCCCUUGAGUAGACGGCCAUCCGUCAUGUAGCCCCUUCGUCAUGAACAAAAUGGGGAUUCUUAAAAGCCAGAGCUGUGAUAGCUCAUGUGGAUUUGAUGAGUCUGCCUAACUGUAGAAAAUAUCCUUACACUGCCCUCCCCUCAAAAUACUGGCAUCUCUCGCUGUAUUUAACAAAAAAAGAAGAAAAAAAAAGCAAAUUAUGCAAUUUCUAUUCACUUGGAGAUUUGUAUAUAUGUACAAUUAAUGUGUUUUAUUAUUUUAUAUGGUUUAGAGAAAAGAGAUGAGUGCAAACAAUUGUGAAUUUUCUGGGAGUAUUUUUCUCAUACUACACCCUGGCUUUCAAUACUUAUGUUAAAAAAA